AUGAGAAGUUUCAUUCCCACAGUCAAUCAAGCGUAUGCAUUAAUUGUAAGUGAUGAGGGACAAAAGUCUGUUGCUGCAGCCUUAGGAAUUUUGGGGUCUAAUCCUGCAAGUCAGGUAGGAAACUAUGAGAUUGCUAUGUACUCGAAAGCUGGAGGAAAUCAAAAUCAGAAUCAGAGAUUUAGAAGGAAUUAUAAUGUGUACUGUAAUUUUUGCAAAAUGAAGGGACAUAGUAAAGAAAAUUGCUAUAAGAUUGUGGGAUAUCCUGCAGAUUUUAAGAACAAAAGAAAAGGAAAUACUGGUACAAAUGCAGCCUACAAUGUGAAUCUAAUAACAAAGACCGAUCACUCUAAUGAUCAGCAACCACUUAUAUUCAAUUAUGGGCAGAAUACAAAUGUGCAAGAUCAGGUGAAAAAUGAAAGUAGUACUCAAACUCAAGGCUCUAAUCUGAAUAUGGAGAAUACAGGUCUUGAGAACUAUGUUCUCACAAAAGCACAGUAUGAACAUAUUCUGCAAAUGUUGAACAAAACCAAUGUGUCAAGUUCGACUUCAACAGCUAAUGUGGCAGGUAUUGAUACAACUCUAUUAGUUUCUAAUUGCCUUAGUCAGUGGAUUAUAGAUACAGGAGCAACAAACCAUAUAGUGUCUGACAAAACCUUACUAGAUGAGAAAACAGUAAUUGAAACAAACAAUCCAAAGAAAGUAUUAUUGCCAAAUGGUGAUAUUACAACUGUUACUCAUACAGGAGCAAGUUCUAUAUUAGAAAAUAGCACAAUAACAAAUGAACUCUUCACUGGGAAGGUGAAGGGGAUUGGUAAAGAGGAUGGUGUCUUAUACCUUCUAUACGCUAAUACAGCUGAAAGGAACAGAAUGAUUGCUCUAACUGCAAGAGGAAAUGAGGCAACUGAGGUUAAACAAUCAGAUGUAAUACUCUGGCACAGAAGAUGUGGUCAUGUGUCUACUCAGAUUCUUAGGAAAAUACUACCUGUAGAUAGUGAUACUAUCAGGAAUAGAAUAAACAAAUGCACACUAUUCAAAGAUUUGGGAGUUAUACAUCAAAGAACAUGUGUAUACACCCCUCAGCAGAAUGGGGUAGCUGAGAGGAAACACAGACACAUAUUAGAAGUUAGAAGAGCUAUCAGAUUUCAAGCUCAAAUACUAAUUAAAUUCUGGGGUCAUUGUAUAUUAGCUGUUGUCUAUCUAAUAAACAAAAUGCCCAAUGCUGUCAUUGACAACAUAUCUCAUUUUGAAAGGCUACAUAAAAGGAAGCCUUCUCUCUUGCAUCUUAGAAUACUAGGAUGUUUGUGCUUUGCUAAAAUUGUACAAGAACAUGAUAAGCUAAUGCCUAUAGCAAAGUUAUCUAUACACAUGGGGUACUCAGAAGUUCAAAAAGAAUACAUUUUAUAUGAUCCUACUACUAAGACAUUCUUCACAAGCAGAGAUGUCAUUUUUAGAGAAGAUGUAUUUCCUUUUAUAAAGAAAGAUAACAAGUGUCAACAAAUAUUUAUUGAUACAACACCAAGUUUGGAAAUACAACUACAUGAUUCUACAAUACUAUAUCAGAAUAGAACAGCAGCUACAAAUACUAAUGAAGAUGGCAACACAGAACAUAGUGAAAUAGUUAUGCAACACAAUACAGAAGAAAACUAUACAGAUGCAGUUACAGAACAUGCAGACAUAGACUUCUACUCAGAGCCUACUCAUUCUGAUACUAGUACAUCACGAAUGCCAUCUGACACUACUGAGAUCCAAAAUCAGCCUUUGCCUGAAAUUAGGAAAUCCUGCAGAGACAAACAUCCUCUAGUCUAG